GCGUGGCAACGGUCGAAGCAUCUAAUCAUUCAUUCUGUUCCUUUUUCACAAAAGAGAGAAAAAAGUUUUCUUUUUUAUUUUAAAUUUUCUUUUUUCGAUUUGGUUUUUGGGGUUUGAGAGUUGAUUAUGGGUUAGUAGUACAGAAGAAAGAGAGAAAAAAAGGAAAAAAAGAAAAAAGCUUUUGAGCAAAAUAAAGCGGAGAAGAAUUGAAUUUGAGCUGCCCAAUGCCUUUUCGUUGGUUUCCUUUUUGAGCUUCAAAAACUAUGGCUGAUGAUCUCUGUUCUUUCUCUAAGGAUAUUUUCAUCGUAAAGGUGCCCAAGAAGUCUCCAUUGGUGUUGAGGAUGAUUGUCUUGGUCUUUGCAAUGGUUUGUGGUGUUUACAUAUGCUCAAUUUGUCUGAAGCAAGUUAGCACCCGCAACAAGACCGGAUAUUUGGAUCUCGAGGUCAUCGAAAGGCCGUGCCCAGAACCAAGUAUAGAGCCAGAGGAAGUUCCUUAUGUGCACUACCCGAAACCGGAAACUUAUAGCAGGGCUGAAUGCGCAUGCAAUCCUGUCCGGUACUUUGCAAUUUUGUCGAUGCAGAGGUCUGGGAGUGGGUGGUUUGAGACAUUAUUAAAUAAUCAUACUAACAUUAGCUCGAAUGGGGAGAUUUUCUCUGUUAAAGUCAGGAGAAGUAACAUGUCGACGAUUGCAGAGACAUUGGAUAGAAUUUAUAACCUAGAUUGGUUUAGUAGUGCCUCGAAGAACGAAUGCACGGCUGCAGUUGGCUUGAAGUGGAUGCUUAAUCAGGGUUUGAUGCAGAAUCAUGAAGAAAUAGCCCAGUAUUUCAAACGUCGGGGUGUCGCUUCUAUCUUUCUCUUUCGGAGGAAUCUUUUGCGCAGAAUGAUCUCAAUACUCGCAAAUUCUUAUGAUAGAGAUUUUAAGCCGCUGAACGGGACGCACAAGUCUCACGUGCAUUCACCCCUUGAGGCAGAAAUACUAGCAAAAUACAAACCUACCAUCAACUCAACAUUGUUGAUAGCAAACCUGAGGCAAGUAGCAGAAACUACCGCUAAAGCUUUGGAGUACUUCAAGAGCACGCGGCAUAUCAUCCUUCACUACGAGGAUAUCGUCAAAAACCGCACUAAAUUAAGAGAUGUCCAAGAUUUUCUAAAGGUUCCAAGAAUGGAACUAAAGAGUCGUCAGGUGAAGAUACAUAAAGGAUCAUUGUCUAAUCUGGUUGAGAAUUGGGAUGAUGUCCAAAAGACACUAACGGGAACACCAUACGAAAGCUUCCUCCAUUCAGAUUAUCGAAGAGAAAAGUUACAAAGCCACUGAUGAGUUAUGAUCAUGUACAGACUACACUACAGUAUGUACCAAAUCUUACCGACCAAUCAUGGUCUGUUGUUUUAACAUCCCUUUCUUUAACUGGUUUUCGACUGCAGGAGCCAACAGGACAUUUUCCCUGUAGAAAUUUUGGCUGCAGCACUUCAUUUUCUCUCUUUUUAUUUUUAUUUUUUCCA